AUGCCACCUCGUCUUCAUCCGCGCUCACGAUUUACCUCUUCCCUCUUCGCGGGCACACUCUUUGCCAGUUUUUUCGUCGUGGCUCUCCCGCAUGUUCUGCCCUGUCCGGCGCCGCGCGUCGCAUAUGCGGAUGAUGGGUCGGGAUCACAGAGGCCGAGGAGGAGAAGGAGGAAAUGUCCUGUUGAUGAGGUGGGAGGAGGUGAACACGAAGAGGGGCAGGGCCAGAGGGAGAGGCGGGAGCAAUUGAAGGUUGAGGAGAGGCAAAUGGAAGCGAAAAGUGAAUAUAAGGAUUUCAAUGCAAAGAUACGAGAGGAGGUGGGUGAGGAGAGGGAAUUGGAUGAUGUGGAGGAAAUAGAAGGGGGAAGGAUCUCUACGAAGAGGGAAUGUCCGGUGCCGAAACCUGGAGGGAUUGUAGGGGGGAUUUUGGGCUUCAAGUCGAGUGUUGAUGGGAAGGGCUCGAAACCACCUUGA